GCAGGCAAGAGUAGAAGGAGACGAUUUUGCAAGCAGCAUUAAAACCAUGCAUCAAGAUUGCUGCUUAUCAAUGAGAUAGAUUGGAAGGGGGGAACUUGUCCAGUGCAUAGACCCCCCCUCCAUCAUCUGUUCUGAGUAGGUGACAUCACUUCCUCCCCAGCCUGCCUCCUAUCUAAAAUCCUCCCCCUCCCCUGCCCGAGUCUCAGAUGCACCUCGGUUGAGUUGCCUCGGUGCACAGCAAGUCCUUCAGCCUCCAAGGACGUCCACCAGCAGGUUGUGUUUUCUCCCCUUCUUGUAUUUUCUCCCCAUCUCCGGCGGUUUCCCUGCCCCUGUGAUCUCCCCCUCUCCUCCUCUUUUCCCUUUCCAACCACCAUCCCCAAAAGAAGGGGCUGGGAAAUUCCUGCAGCGUUGGCAAGACCAAGACGAGCAUGCCCUCGCCCGGUGGCCCUCUUCUGCUGGCUCUGUGCCUCUGCCAAGCCCUUGCUCUGCCGUUAACCACCCAGCUGCCAGAGGAAAGUGAAAAGGUGACUAAAUGCAUCACUGAAAUCCUAGCAGACGUUCUUUCUGGGCCCAGCCCGAUACCAGUCACCAAAGACUGCCUGGAGAUUCUUCGGGAGGACGAGAGGGUCCUCGCCGUGCUUCACCACCAGCACCUCCUGACAGAACUGGAAGAAAUGGCACAUCGAGAAAAUAUGAAGCAUUACCUGGGGCAUGAAGGCAGCCGGGCUGGUUGGGAAGGAAAAAACGAGGAGGAGGAAGUGAAGAAGAGAGAUGAGAAGCCCAGCCAGCAGAGAGAAGCCACCUCCGAGAAGACGGAGGAGCAAAACGGAAGACGGAAGGAAGAAGCGCAGGAGGUGGAAGCGUAUGAGAAGACGGAGAAGACGGAAGAGAAAGUGAAGGAAGAGAAGGUCUCCCGAGGAGGAGAAAACCAUGAGGCUCUGGAAGAGCAGGUCAAGGAGCUGAUGGACAAGGAGAAGCAGGAAGAAGAGGAGAAGGAAGAAGAAGCGAGGAAGAGAAGGAGGUCCUCGGAGACGUGGUCUUCUAAGGAAUACUUUGGCCACAUCAGGAGGGAUCCGGGGCGCUCCAAAAUCCAGGAGGUGAUGCUUCGAGGAAACCAAGAUGGCAGGGAGAGGGGUGGUUUCGUUAAGAGGCGAUUUAGGCUGGAAGAGGGAAAGGAGAGUUCCGAAGAAGAGCCAAGGAAGGACCGCCAUGGAGGUCGCCAUCAUGAGGACUGGGAAGAAGAGGAGGAGGAGGAAGAAGAGACAGCUGAACUGGCCAAGAGAGUGGCUGAGAAGACCAGCGAUGAGGAGACAGCCCAGUUCGAAGAGGAAGAGAAAGGUCUCAAAAUGUCCAGUGCCCAGACUCACCUCCACGGAGGCAGGAAACCAUGGCAGGAAGAGGAAGAAGGCGGGAGGAGACACGGCCACCACCAUACGCCAGCUGGUUUGGACCUCAAGAAGAGACACCAGAAGGGCGCAGUCUAUCUGCAGGACAGACACCACGGCCGCGACAGGGAUGAAGAAGAGAGAGGGGCCAGUCCCAAAGAGGUCCUGGAGUUGGAGAAACUUGAAGAGAUCGAGCAGGAGUUGAAAAGGGCUGCUGAGAAGUUAGAGGAACUCAAGAGGGGGUGAUGAUUCUGUUGUGCUGGGAGCAAGGGGUGGUGGUGGCCGUUGAAGCCCUCUGCCCAGUCCUCUUCCUCCCUUACACACACCACCUCUGUAGAUAGAAUCUUUCUCUCUUCAGCUUGGCUUUGGACUGUUAAUGGGAGCUUUUCCUCGCUUGAAGCUAAAAUAAUGAUAAUAAUAAUUCCACACCCUGUGCUGCACCAGCAUCUUCCCUGAAAGCAGGGGUUGGCCAAAGGUGGCCCUCCCAGGCUGUUUGCUUGCCCCGGGACCUCUGAGACCCUCUCCUCCCCAAAACAACCAGUGAAAAAAAGAUGGAAUUGACACUCUCCAGGAUCCCUCUAGGAAUGACGAGGCACCUUUUUAAUGAAGGCUGCACACCCACCCACACACCCCUUUUAGGAUAUUAAGAUAUCCAUUUUUUGCAACCAGAAGGGGGGGGAGAACCAUCUUUAGAGGCCUCUGCAGGUCCCAGAUGAUGCCAAGAAAAGGAUCCCAGAGCUGAUAUCCCGAGCUUUAAGGGGAAGAGGAAUGAGACUCCUUGUGUGAAAAUGUGAUAGCACCUUGCUAUAAAGACAGUCCUUUAGAAAGACUCUGUUUCCUCUGCCUGGACUGUGCUGUUUUCCAGGACCUUGCUUGCCUCCACCAAGAUAACUCUGGUCACCACCUUAGUAGCCUCCUUUCUCCACCCCCAAGUGGUAAACCCACCCUGAGAUAUUUAGAGGCAAGCAAUGCAUCCUUUUAUAUGCAAUUCCGCCCUUCUAGCCACGGGUGGAGAAACCAGAGAGCCUCUAAACAUUUUGGGCUACAACUCCCGUAAUCCUCUAUUCCUGGCGAUGAUGGGGAAGAGCUUCUAGGAGAUAAAAUCCAAAUCAUCUUGAGAGCCAAAUGUUUCCAGGACUCAAGAGGACCUCUGGGGAUAAAACAGGGAGUUCUUACUAAACACAACCGGCCUGUAGUUUCCCAUACCUGCAAAAAACGCCCUGCUUAAAUCAAUGGAAGCUCCGUUUUAUAAAAGCAAUUCCCUUCCAGAGAGGAGGUGGCCUGUCACCUCUCUGUAGGAUUCACGAAUGUGCACUUGUGUUUUCCCCCCUCCGCGUCUGUGCUGUAAACACACCUCAUUUCUAUACAGGGUAGAAUUGCGUCCUUAAAUUUCAUCCUGCCCUUUUCCAGAUGAGG